AUGAAGCUCCGCGGCGUGAUCCUGGGCUCUCUGCUUCUCCUGCUGCUGGCCAGCUGCGGCGGCACGCUCAAGACCUCCGCCAUCGACCUGCGGACCUUCAUCGGCUGUGCCGUGCGUGAGUUCACCUUCCUGGCCAAGAAACCCGGUUGCAGGGGGCUGCGGGUGACGACGGACGCGUGCUGGGGACGCUGCGAGACCUGGGAGAAACCGGUGCUGGAACCACCUUACAUCGAGUCUUACCACCGUGUUUGCACCUACAACGAGACCAAGAUCAUGACGGUGAAGCUGCCCAAGUGUGCCCCUGACGUGGAUCCCUUCUACACCUACCCGAUGGCCAUCCGCUGCGACUGCGACAUCUGCUCCACUGCCACGACCGAAUGCGAGACUGCCUGAGCUCUCCUUUCCCAGGUCAGGCGAGGAGGGGCCAAAUUCUUCCCUGGCUUCAUACCCCUGGUACCUCCAGCAUUACAGAGGGUGUAAGUCAGUCCAGAAUUUGAUCUCUUCCUGUACUGCUCCUAAUCAUUGACUUUUCUGGGCAGAUGAGGCUUAAUCCCCUCUCCUCAUACUGCUCAAAGCAUUAGUGCUGUAGAAAAGUAGUACACAGCCUUACAAUAGUAAAUCCUGUGGUAAAAAAAAUGAUGCAGUUUCCCUUCCAUACAGGCUUUGCACACUGCGUGACCUUUCUUCAUGCACAAAGUGCACAUGGGCUAAACAGUCACUGAGGGGUGGAAACAGGCCACGGAGGCAUUACUGCCUCUGUAACAGCCUCUUUGUUCAUGUCAGGUUUUAAUUCCUUCCCAGUAAUGUAAAUGCAAUUACCAA